AUGAAUCCUGAUCAGCAACAAAAGAUUUUAAAGAUUGAAACGUUUAUCAAUGAUGUAUUGAAAGAAGACCUUGCUAAAUUAGAGAAGAAGCUUGACGAUAAGAAUGCAGACAUUGCUGAAUUUAUUCAAUUAAAAUCCAUAAUUGAGACUCUUCAGAGCAAUGAAUUCGAUAAAAAUGGCUUUAAAACGCAAGUAGACAUUGGGCAGAACUUCUUCAUCGAAGCCCAGGUUCCCGAUGCAUCCACUAUUCUUUUAGAUGUUGGUUUAGGCCAUUACGUGGAAUUUUUGCUCAAUGAUGCUAUAACUAUCAUUAAUGUGAGAAUUAAACUGUUGGAACAGCAAAUUGUACACUUUCGCAAACAAAUAGCAAUGACAAAUUCUCACAUUAAACUACUUCUCCUCACUAUACAAUGCUUGUAG